AUGGACGAUUCGUCCGGUUCGUCCAGCAACGUCGAUCGGCACCACCGCAAUGGCAGCGCCGGCGAUGGGUACGCGUACAAGAACGAGAUCUCGCUCUCGAUCGGUGACGGCGGCAGCGGGGACGAUCAGGGUUCACGCACCAACAGUACGGCCGUCCCGACACCGUCGCCCCGUCACGUCGAGCUACCGAUCGGAACACGGGCCGAUGGCGGAGACACGAGCGAGUACACGGCCCUCCGCCACGAACCAAUGGCAAUGGGCAACGGGAGUAAAUCGAACGGCGGGCUGGACAAUCCUGCGUUCGAGCCGGAACAGGCGAAGGAAAAGCGACCGCUCAGCUCGUUCGGUCACACCAACGAAAAGUCCCUCGGAGUGGUCUCGGUCAACGGCAAGGGCGCGGGCGAGAAACCGGUCGCGGAAGCCGUAAACCUGGAGCUGCUCAACAUGCCGUCCGGCAAGCUGCCGGCGGCCGCGAACGGGCACAACAACAAGAACGGUGGCACGAACGGGGCGGCCGGUGCCCUGCCGGUCAAGAAGGACACCGAGGUGGAUCUGGGCGAUCCGUACGACGAGUACUUUGUGCCGGUGAACGAGCACAGGAAGUUUAUGAGUGUCUCCUUCCAAAAGUCACGCCACGGGCGCACGGUAUACGGGCGCCAUGGUCGCGGCGUCGACUACGCGGGACACUCGGUGAAUGAGCCCGCCGCCGGAACGAUGGACUAUAAACAGUGGACCACAAUCACGAGAGGUGAGAAACUGUACGUCACGAAGGAUAAGCGCGAGAAGAAGCGAAAAAGCUGGCCCUUCUGGUUGCUCGGGCUGGCGAUACUGUUGGCCGUGAUCGUGGUGGCCAUACUGGCCGGUUCCGGCGUCAUCUUUAACGACUGUCCCACGCCGGUCGAAUCGCGCCAGUUCGGUGAUAAGGUGGCCACGGCCGGCGUGUUCGGGUUGGGCAAAUCACAGCCCGGCAAUGGCAGCUCCUCGUCGUCGACGGCCAGCAGCACCACGAGUACCGAUUAUCCGACGACAUCCAGACCUCCUCCGGUAGCACCGAUCACCACCACCGAAGGAGUCACCGUUUACGUGCCGAACACGCUCGAGGGACAAAUUACGCUGGCGAACGUGGAGUUCCUGGACGAUUACCGCAACCCGAACAGCUCGGCCUACAAGACGCUGGCCGCCGAGCUGGAGGAGGAGAUCAUCGACACGCUCAGCACGCCCGAUGCGCGGGGUCCAAUCUAUGUGAGGAUCUUGAACAUGAAGCCCGGUUCAGUGGUUGUGGACUACCGCGUCAGCUGGGAGCCGAAUGCGAUGGAAAUGUCCGAGGACACGAUGAAGCACCGACUGAACAACUACCUGCUGCAGAACGGCAACUAUCUGUCGACGUACAUAGUGCCAACGAACACGAUCCGUGUGGCUCGGCUGCCGGACCUGUGCGUCAUGAAGCGCUCGGCUAAAGACUGCGAGUAUGGCUGCACCUUCGAUGCCAAGGUCGGUGACUUCAUGUGCACUUGUCCGAGGGGAAUGUUGCUAAACGAUGAAGAUGGACGCACCUGCUACAGUCCAGUUCCGGCGAUCAACGUGGAUGAGCACAGCACGGAACCAAAGAGCGAGCCAGAACCUUCUGCUGAACCGGAGCCCGCUAGUGAACCGGAACCUGCUAGUGAGCCUGAAGCUACUAGUGAACAUGAACCAUCUAGUGAGCCUGAACCGAGUAGCGAACCCGAGCCAUCUAGUGAACCCGCACCAGCUAGUGAACCUGAACCAUCUAGUAAGCCGGAGCCUUCUAGCGAGCCAGAACCGGCGAGCGAACCAGAGCCGUCGAGCGAACCAGAGCCGUCGAGCGAACCGGAACCAGCGAGUGAACCGGAACCCACGAGCGAGCCGGAACCGGCGAGCGAACCGGAACCUUCCAGUGAACCAGAGCCGGCUAGUAAGCCAGAACCUACUAGCGAGCCCGAGCCAGUGGUAGAACCGGAGCCCACGGCUUCAGAAACCUCUACGAAUGCCUCCACGCAAGACCAUUCGGCCAAAUUGAUCAUCUCUUCGACGGAAGCGAUCGCGAGAACGAGCACACCAGAACCUAAGAGCGAGCCGGAACCAUCGAGUGAACCGGAACCGGCUAGCGAACCUGCAAGCGAACCAGAGCCAACGAGUGAACCGGAACCAGCCGUUGAGCCAGAGCCCAAGAGCAGCAAAUCAGGAUCGGCGGUAUCGAGCGAACCGGAACCUUCGAGCGAACCGGAGCCAACGAGCGAACCAGAACCAGCGAGUGAACCCGAGCCAACGAGCGAACCGGAACCGGUUCCAGAUACGGGCAGCGGCCUAGAGAAAACCACCGAAUCUGGCAAGCUACUAUCGUCUUCUGUUAGAACGUCCACCGAGCACGAAACCGUUACGACAAGCGAUCAGCAACGACCGUCCAGCACCAGCACGACGACGGAUGACUCGCAGCUACCGGACUUUAUGUUUGUCGAUAAAGAAUCGAUGAUGAAGCACCCUCCUAGCACGACCGAGGACACCCCCAAGCCCGUGGUGCCGGUAACAGAGCAGGCAACCAGCGAAACGCCCGCACCCGUAACGGAAAUGAUCGUCGACGACACGCCCGUGCCGAUGUCGUCGAACUUUUUCGUGUCACCCAAACCCACGACGACCACGGAGCCGUCGGACGGGUUUGAGGAGGGUCGCUCGUUGGCUUCGAACCAACCGACCGCAAGCGAAAGCACCGUGUACGCUACGUCCAGUCCGAUUUCGCUGGAACAGUGGCGUUCAUCGACCAGCUUCUCUACGACCACGGAAGCCCUAGGCCACAAGCCGGACACGGGACCCCUUCUUUCGACCCUUGAAACGUCCAGCAAAGGUGCCUCCUCGUACGCCGUAACGGAGACGGUACUGGAAGCCGAAACGGUGGCCCCGCUUUUGGCCACGCACAACGAGUCCCCGUUCCUGCCCGAGAUCGGCAACAAUACGAGCUUGGAGAACAUCCUGCACGAAGGCAUCGAUCGCCACGAGACGUACGAGAUCGAGUCGCAGCCACAGUUCCUGGAGGUGGUGCCACUGUCCAAGGAGAGCGAUCGCAACGACUACAAGAAGCAGUUGAAUUCGCGCGUCACGGAAACGAUCAUCAUCACCACGACCAUCCGCAGUCCCGUGCCAGUGACGGAGUCGUUGGAAGAGCUUCUGAAUGUGGCCAGCUCCAAGAAUAUUGUCGAGCAAACGACCAACAGCGGCGAAGACGUGGCGAUUACCAGCACCGAGCGCGGUGACGAAGAGCACACCACAAUCGUGAUGGACCAGAUCAACGGCACAAAGUUGGCCCCAGCAGGGGUGUCUCAAACGGUCACGCCUGUGGGAAAGUCAAACUUUGAAGAAAGUACCGAAAUGGUACAAAUAACCACCAGUGCGGAAGAACUAGGGUCGACCACGUUGCAAGUGGAACCGGAGCAAAUCACCUUCGUUCAAAACUCGGAACCCUCCGUGAAGACACAAGGUUCCGCGGAAACAUCAAGCACUACCGUAAUGGCUAGUACCAGCACCAGCACAAGCACUAGCACGAGCACAAGCACCACUACCGAGACAUCAUCUUCGAUGGCCCCACCAUCGACCGAAACACUGCCACGGAUUACGGCCAUCGAGAAGGAUCUGAUCAAUCUGAAGGAGAACGACCUGGCGGAUGAUAACGAUAUCUCCGAAAACGAACUACGGGUUGUGCCACUGGAACGUUUUAGUAAAGAUCCGGGCCGGCUAGUGACGGACACCGUUCGGUCCGUCACAACCUCCAGCCAGCCGUCCAGCGAGAGCCCGGUGCCCACCUCGACGACCGGUCAUUUUUUAGACGAAACGACGUUUCAUUUGAUUAGAUCAGAGCGAUCAAAUGGAACGUCGUUAAUCGGAAGUGGCUUUUCUGACAACGGCCAGAUGACGACGACCACCACGGGCAGCAGCAUCACCAGCAGCACCACGUCGAGCAACGUGGAUGUACAGAGCGAGCGAAUCGAGACACUGCUCGGUUCGGCGGCCAUGUUUACCAAGUGUGCUGUCGGCCAGUUCGAGUGCACCAACGGAACCUCCAUCAAGGACGGUAGCUCGUGUAUCCAGAAAUCGGAGCGCUGCGACUCGGUGUCGCACUGUUCCGACAACUCGGACGAGCAGGACUGCGAGCGGCUCGGGUGCCCCGGCCACUUCCAGUGCCUCGAUGGGGUCUGCCUCGCCCGGCAGCACGUGUGCGACGGCAUAGCGCACUGUCACGAUGGCUCCGACGAGCAGGACUGCAGCCAGUGGCAGUGUAACUUCGACGAGCUCUCGUGCAAUCCGGCCACCGGCAAUGGGCCGUGUUUGCCGGCCCUUUGGAAGUGUGACGGGCUGGAACAGUGUGCCAAUGGGUUCGACGAGAGCAACUGUCCGGACACGUGCACGAACGAUGAGUACUUCUGCCCGAGUCAGCGCAAGUGCAUCCCCGAGGCGUGGCGUUGCGACGGAUCGGUCGAUUGCACCGACGGUGAAGACGAGCGGCUGUGUGACUGUCCGCAGGAUAGCUUCAAGUGCAACACCGGUGGUUGCGUGGCCGGCGCGUUCGUUUGCGACGGCCAUCCGCAGUGUCCGGAUCGGUCGGACGAGUGGAACUGUCACCAGUUGGAACCGGCGGAUGGAUCGCUGCGCGUGAAGCGCAACUCUACGGAGCCGCUGGCCGUGUGCGGUGACGGAUGGAACGGGAAGCUGGCCGACCUGGUGUGCGCCGAGCUGGGUUUCGUGGGCGCGAGCAAAAUUACGUUCACCAGCGUCAGCAACCGGUCGCAGGGAUACACCAUGUAUCGGGCGACGGAGAAGGAUCGGCUUGCGUUCGAAGCGAUCGAUUCGAUGAAGUGCAACAAAGGGUUGCAGCUGGAAUGCGAGGAGUUCCGAUGUGGUCGCGAAGGGGUACACCCGUCACUCGCGCAACGGACUACCGGUGGCACCGUGGCAGAUCACAGCCAGUGGCCCAGUUUGUCGUUAGCGUUCAGCAACAAUGCAGCCAUCAAGUGUACGGCCAACAUAGUAUCGCCCCGCUGGGCACUCACCAGCUACACCUGCAUCAUGGGCAAAACCGAGUUCGUCAACAAUCGCAACGUUGCCGACAUGAAGUGGAAGCUGUUUGCCGGAAGAUCGCAGUUUAACGCAUCGCUUGGAGAGCUACCGACGACGGCCACGCGGUCCACCGAUGCUCCGUACCAGAUUGUGGAUGUCAAACGAAUCGUACCGUAUCCUCAGUCGAAAUACAAACAAUUCAUGUACACCGGCGAUGUGGUGCUGCUGGAGCUGGCCAGUCCCCUGCGGUUGAGCGACAUCGUCGGAAGCGUUUGUCUGGCGAAAGCACCCAUCAGCAUCGACCCGGAGCAACUGUGCGUCACCGCCGGUUGGGGUUCGGAUCUCGAGAAUACGGCCACGACGGAACAAUACCUCAAGUACCUGCCCGUUCCGACGGUGCCCACGGAGCGGUGCAACUCGUCGAUGCACUACAACGGUGCGCUGCCGGAGAGCACCAUUUGUGCCGGGUAUCUGAGCGGCAACAAGACAACUUGCUACAACGACGAAGGUGCGCCACUGAUGUGCUACAUCGACGGUACCGGCCAGUGGCAGCUGGAAGGUGUUCUCAGUUACCAUGGCAACUGUGGCAAGCGGCCACAUCCGGCCAUUUACAAUGCGAUUACCUCAAACAUUUCCACCUGGAUCCGGUACACGGUCGGCAAUGACCGAAUGUUCGAGCAAACGGUGGUGACGGCGGCACCGCCCGCAGCCGCCGCAUCAUCACUUCCAACCUCAACGGCGGCAGCGCUCACGGAAAGCAGAGCCGCCGUGGCAAACGUCUCGGCGGUAGAUCAGACGGACAGCAGCACGACGCCAGCGACGGCGACAACCACAGCCUCGGUAGUUGCACGGUAAAGCGGCCCACAAACCGAACCAAUACCUAUCCAUCUCUGCAUGUAGAGUGCCACGUGUCCACGCACGGACCUGUGGCACGUUUGUAAAUAGGGCAGGGGAACGAGAGAGAUAGGUGUGUGGUACACAAGAAGGUCCGACCCAGGGUCACCGGACCAACCGGUCGCAGUCGAUCUGGCUGGGGACAACCUAAGUAGUGGUAGCCAAGCACGAUUGGCAAGGGUUGCGCGAUCGUAUGACAAAAAGGAAAUCACAAAUCAGAACAGAAAACCGAAAAGAAAGUAGGCGAGAAGGAGCAGGAAAACCUAGUCACAAAAGUCGAAUACUUUGUGCCAACGAAACGAGAAACCGCGCUGCAUAAACCGAUGCGAACCGAUGGCGAAAGAAUGCCGGGGACGAGAACCGUAUAAUCCUAGCGCGCGCCCUGAGAGUCCUUCCUGGGAGCUGCGAGAACGAACUGUGUACAGUGAGUGAGAAGAGUUGCUUCCACGGUGAACUCUGAUUGUGGGGCAGUUGGAAAUAAUGACACAUAUGCGCGUUGUCAUGGUGAGCAACAAUAGCGCCCCGAUUGGUGCGAUAGACGAAAGAGAAUAGUAAUCCCCCCCCCAUGCGUUAGAUUUAGCGACAAGUACUGAAAAAUCACUAUAAACACAGUAAAGUAUGGGAAAACUGAUAAGAAAAUACUAUUUGCAAUCGACGAGAUAGAUAAAUCGGAUGGAAACUUUAGCCCAACAGCGGACCUGGAUGGAGGAGAGCCGCAUUAGGCGAUUAGAGGCAGGAGGUUCUAGGCUUGGGAGGUUGUAGAAAAAUUGUUACCCGUUUGUGAGGGGCCACACCGUGUCCGUGUGCGCUCCGGACAAUGCAACCGGAAUCGAUUUCCGCUGCAAAAGAACCAAUAUUAACACCUAGUAGGUAACAACACACCGAACCGAAAGUUCUCGCUUUCGAGCUGUGUGCUUUUACUCAUUUUACAUCCAUGUUACUUUUGUAUAGGCAAUAUGACUGGCGCUUAAGAGGGUGGUGUUUAAAAUUGUCUUCGAUUUUUUAAUGCUGCACUCGCUGAACUCAUCAUAGGCCACCACAACUUGAUCCGCAGCAGCAACAAUAUGGGAGCAGCGUGCAGAGUUUGUUUGUAUGUAAAGAAAUAAAAUAAUAAAAUUAGGA